AUGGAUGCAGCAGAUAGUCAAUUGAACCUUGCACUAAGCCAGAUUGACAAACUGUUCGAGCCGAGUCCAGCAUUGCGCAUCCUUCUCAGUGCCAAUGAAGAGGCUCUCUUGCAAGAGUCUGACAAUGGCAAAGCUACGCCUGAUCUGAUCGCCUACAUAGCCAAACAAUUACGUGCCAUCAAGGGCCGCAAAGAGCUGGAUGAGAUAUUGAAUGCGCAUCCACGACUAGGUGCCAAGAAGGUGGACUCGGACAGUUCAAAAGCAGAACAAGCAUCCCUGCAGGGCUCUUCCGAGGAGGCAGAAAGACUAGGCAAGCUGAAUGACAAGUAUGAGGCGGCCUUCCCCGGUUUGCGCUACGUGGUGUUUGUCAAUGGGCGGUCGCGUGAUGUGAUUAUGGCAGACAUGGAGCGGCGGAUCAAGGCAGGGAAUCGAGAGGCAGAGGUGGAGACGAGUAUUCAGGCGAUGCAGGACAUAGCGAUGGACAGGCUACGCUCUUUGUAA